AUGGGAGAUGAGGAGGUGGACCCCGCGGCUAUGGCCGCCGCGCGAGAUGCAGACUUGUUGUCCAAGAUGAGUGAGGAGAAUGACCGCCUCAAGCGUGAGGUGAUGGCAUUGAAGGAACUUCACCAAAAGGAAAAGUCAAACCUUGAAGCCCAGGUCCAAAGUGAGAGAUCUGUGGCGGAAUUGGAGGCGCAGAGUGUCAGAUCGAAGGUGCAAGAUUUGGAGAAGAUGAAGAUGCAGAUGGUCCAGCUGACGCGCAAGUUGGACGAUGAGGUCAGUGCGAAAGACCAGGUGAUUAGCGAGACACAUCGCUUGGAACGAAAGCUUCAGGAGCUUUCCAUGGGUGCCACAACUGCCACCUCGAGCAGUGCCAACGCCUCCCAGGAAGUCAACAUGAGAGAAAGGACCAGCCAGGUCUCCAUGAAGCUGAUGAGAGUUGUGGACCAGUGGAUGAAGUACAAGGAUUUGCAGCAGGCUCUGCUGCGCAAUGCGGCCAUCAAUGAUGUGGCCUUUGGAACCUUGGCUCAAGCCUUGGUCGAUUGCCCGUCGCUUCAAACCUUGGAUCUCUCGCAGAAUCUCCUCACCAUGGACUCCUGCUCGGACCUUUGUCAGCUGAUCACCACAGCGCCGAGUCUUUCCUUCAUCUCCCUCGCUGAGAACCUUUUCUCCCUUCGAUGUAUCGGUUACUUUAUGACCGCAGUCAUGGAGAGACAAACCACCAAGAGGCUGGUGCCUUUGGAUCUCCUCGACCUGCAAGGGAAUGAGGGCUUGCAGAUGGCCAUGGCAGCUGUACCGCCACAGGACCAGGUCACGAAACUCAGGGAGACGGCGAAAGCGCCCACUGCGUUGAAUGUUUUGACUUCCACUGCUGCCGUGGAGCUGGCGGCGCAUGUCAUGCGUGCCCUGUGGCGUUUCCUCCACGAGACGCAGCAUCCACAGCUGCGCGGUGCUGGCAGCGAUGAUGUGGAUUUUGAGACCUUCGACAAGGGGACGUUGCACAAAAUGGACAACGCACUGCUGAAGAUCCUUCUGCUGGCUGCAGAUGAGAAUAGGGAAAAUUCUCGAGCUCUCAUGGCCAAUGCCGUGCUGCUGCCUGCGCUGGUGCGCCAGGAACGAGAGGCUUUGGAAGAGGAGGAUGAGAUCCAACGGUAUGAAGGCGAGUUGGCCCGCGAGCCCGUGGUCACCAUGGACGCCCUCUACGCGCGCGAGUCAGGGCAAGGUGCGGGAAGCGAUCGCCUGCAUGAACUGAAGAUUAAGAUGGCGGUGGAAGCCUAUGAGUCGCGAAGACCCGCGGAUACGGUGAUGCACCACUACUGGGUCAAGGAGGCCGGAGAUCCAGAGGCGAUUGGCGAGUACUUCCCAGAAGAACGUGGUGAUGGAGUUCCCAUCUACAGGAACCAACAUGGCUUGGUCUUGAGCCGUGAAGCUCAUCAAGGACGCGGUGAAGAAGAGACUUUCAGCUGGGUCAUUGGAAGUUUGGCGGAUCGGCGGCCGCUCUACGGCGUCAGGAGCGAUGAUUUGUCGGCCCCCACCCUGGGAUGGCAAGCCUACACAGCUCCGGAGCCCGUGCCGGUGAUUCGGUACUACACCCAGGUGUCGGCGGCGCGGACCUUCAAGGAGAGGGGCAACCGAGCCUUCCACCAAAGGCAGUGGAAGGAUGCGGAAUCCUGGUAUAGCCAAGCCCUGAAGUGUGGUAUGGAUGAGGAAUAUUCCGAAGCUUAUGCGCUGCUGUACUCAAAUCGGUCAGAGGUGCGCAUGAAACUGCAAGACUUCCGCGGUGCUGCGGAUGACGGUGACGAGGCCUUGAAGUAUCUGAAAUCGCUGGCAGCGCUGUCGGGUUUGAAUGAAGAAACGCAGGCUCUCCGCAGGAAGACGGUGCUGCGUCUGGCGCGCGCCCUACAGGCCAUGCAGCGCAUGUCCGAGGCCAUGCGUCUGCUGCACCACGAGCGGCGCAACUUCCCCGAGUGCAGCGAGAUGCAACGCCUGCACGAAGCCACCAGGUUGGCGCUACGUUCUCUUGGACGUGGCACACCCUCACAGUCUCGCAGUGGAAUGGAAGACCUUGGGAUGGACAGCCAGCAUGGGCGAAAGCUGAUGGAAUACAUUGCAUUCAUCUCCGAAUCGCUGCAGCAUGAGAUUUGCAACAUGAAGGGUCGGCAUGGUACUGGCCUAGGUAGCCCCAAGAUGUCCAGUGGCUUCAUGGCGCAGCUCAGCAAGUUGGAAUACAUCCUGCUGAAAGCCCAGGAAGUGGAGGAGGAUGUGCUGGAAUCAUUGCAGGCUCUGCUGCAAACCAAUGGAAUUCUCAGAUCAUUGCUGAACAUCUUGGAGGCUCAGUGGAAGAUGAACAUGGAGGGAAAGUUCGUGGACCUCUACAAGCUCCAAGGUGCCUUGGAAGUGGUGAACGUGACAGCUUUGAUCUGUCAAGGCAAUGAGGCCAAUCUCAGGUUUGUGUCCUCUGAAGCUUUGUCGCUUUGGGCGGCUUUAGGCGGCUGCAACUGCAAGGUGCGUGGCGCGGUCUGUGAGAGGCUGGUGGCCUUGAUCUUUGGCCUCUGGAACCAUUGUCGGCAUCAGACCUUGGAAUUGGUCCAGUCCAACAGCGUCAUGGUGGAACGGGCUGCCUUCUACCUGUCUCAAGCGGUGCAAUCCUCGCCGGAUGACGAUGCUGUGUUUGGCCCCGAUUCUCCGGCGGUGUCCCUGGCGUGCAAGGAACAGGCUGCGCUGCUCCUGUUGGACCUACUGGCCCAAGGUGGCCGCAUCAAGCGCCGUGCCCUGCGCGGCAUCAUUUCCCAGCUGGCCGGGCGGAACGGCCUUGGCGGCUUCUUCCAGAGCUCGCAGGCGGCCGUGCGGACGCUGGGAGAACUGGUGGCCAAGAAUGCAGUGGACGAUCCACAGCUGGUGGAUGACCCGCAGGAGGUGACGCACAUGGUGCUGGCCAUUCAGCAGAUGAUGAAAGAAGCGAAUGGUGGAAAGGAGGGGCCUCUUCUGGAUUUGGCAGACUGGAAAAGCGGGCGAUAUUGCGAAAUUUUGUUGGAACUGGUGUCCAUCACCUUGGAGCAGAAGUUGCUGAAGGACCGGGAGCUGCAGCGCGGCGGCUACGCGGCCGCCUUCAGCGCCGGCGAGGGCCUGGCCACGGCACGGGGGCUCCUGGACGCGCCGCCGCAGCUGGCGGAGAAGGCCCUGCGAUGCCUGGCGGCCAUGGCGCAGACGUAUGUGGAAAAUGUGGAGCAACUCAUCAGUUUGGGUGUGGUCCAAGCCCUGCUGGGACGUGGCCUUGAAGGGUCGCACCUGGCUGAAACCUUGGAGCUGCCGCUGGCGCGGCGGUAUGCGGCACGGGUGCUGAUGCAGUGCACGGCUGCCAAGGAGUUUACCAAAGCCAUUGAGCAGCAGCCCGAGCGCUGCGUACAGCAACUGGUGAAGCUGGGGAUUCAGCUGUGGGAUGAUGGUGUCAAGAGCGCGGAGGCGUUCCAGGACAUUAUGCACGUCUUCCAUUUCCUGGUUACCAGCGACCACCCAGAGCUGCUGGGGCGUCACCUGCGGGCGCCCGAGAUGCUUCAGCUGCUACUGCGGCUGGAGACGAGCCCAACGGCGCCGGCGGCCCCGUUGGCGCGGGAGAUUUUGACGACGCUGGGGAAGGACCGCAAUUUUAAGCGUGCCCUGGCGCCGGUCAAGCGGCUCUAUGACGAGGGCUAUGAUCCAGACCUGGAACUGAAGCUGCGGCAACAGUCCACUGUAGCUUCAGCGAGCCCUGAACAAGGCCGGCGCCUGUCCGGAACGAAGGAGGAACAGCCCAAAGAGGCGGAAACAAAGGUGGCCUCAAAGACAAAGGCCAAAAUGACGCGGGCUGGUUCCCAAGCCCAGAAGUCAGAGCCUGAACAGCAGAAGUCCGAUCCCUUCGCUGACUUGAAAACGGCCUUCGAGCCAGUCAAGGAGAAAGCCAAGACUUUCAACCUGAAGCAGAUUGUCACAAGGACGGGCACGGUCUUGAUGAACAUGUUGGAGCGCUUGCUGGAGACCACCCACAUCGAUGCGGUGGAUGUGGAGUCAGAUAUGACGCUGCUGGAGUUCGCUUGCACCUCUGGAAACUUGGGCUUGGCAAAGCUUUGCUACCGCCGUGGUGCCAAGAUGAUGGCCAUCUCGAAGCGUGGCGAAACGGCCUUCAAUAUCGUCACCAGGAACAGGCGCUACGACAUCAUGGAGUUUCUGCACAUCUAUGGCGUUAAGAUCAACUCAGCGGAUGCGAAUGGCAAGACCGCCCUGCACGUUGCAGCGGAAAACAACGACGUGGAUGGCAUCUGCCGCCUGCUGGAGUGGGGUGCUGAUGUCAACAUUGCCGACCAGAGGAAGCGGACGCCCAUUCAUUUAGCCGCCGCGGGUGGACACAUGCAGGCAACCAUGCUUCUCCUGGAGGUUGGAGCUGACAUGAAUGCCAAGGAUGUGAAGGAAUACACUGCUAUGGCCCAUGCGGAAGCCAACAACCAUUUCAACCUCAUGGACCGCUUAGUGCAGCUUGGAGCCAAAGGGCACGGACUGCACCACCACAGUGGCCUUGCAGCGUCCAAAUCCAAGUCGACCACCUCCCUGCACGGCGGCACUGCGCUGGCCGUGCCAGCGGGGAUGUUGAAGAGCUGGAGGGCCCAGGAUAGUUACUCUCGAGGGGAUCCAAAGGCACGUGCAAAGGCCGCAGGGCCUUCUGUGGCAAAACCGUGUUUCCCAGCCAUCUCACAGAUCUCCCAGCUCUGGACUUUGGACAAGGAGCCUGGUCUGCCAUACACUGGCCCUCCCUUCCAGGGGGUCGACUCGGGGCCCGGCCCUAUUCCGGCACUCGUCGCAGACCAGGCAUCUUUUUGCAGCAGGGACGAACGGGAGGGCAUCAAUAGGGUCUGUCUGGCAUUUUCCGCUGGUUUUUGGGGAAGGGUAGCACUUGAAACUUUCACUGAACAGAUCUCCCCUCCCAUCAUCUCAUCACCUCCUGAGCAUUUCAUUGUGCUUCGGGCCUGUGGACUUGGAGGGCCAGUUCGUUUUGGAUCGGCUGCUCACUUUCAGAGGUUUCGUGAUCAGACUUUCAAAGAAGGCCUGCUCCAUUACGGCUUCUGCACGGAGACGGAGAUCGAGGAAAAGCUGAAGCCAGCUAGCAAGGGUGAUCCCACCUUGUUGGUUUUGACUGUUCCAGGGAUGGCGUCCUCCGUCGGGGACGAUGUAGAUGUUUAUGCAAUGCCAAUUGAGCUCCGAGAUGGAGGUAUGUUACUUGCACUUCCUCAUGACUCCAUAUCGCCUUCUACCAUUGCCAUUGGCCAAACAGGAGCCGAAGAGCUUCUAUUUGGUCCUAAUUCGAUUUUCAAUGUCCCCCUUAUUGAGGAGUCUGAAGACUUGAUGACCACUAUCAGUCUGGGCUUGGAAGCUGAAGUUUUGGUCGUUGAUGUCACCGAUGAUAUCCUUAUGAAUUGCCGUGAGUAUGACCCUGUGACAGAUCAUCUUGCGAGCAUUUUGGGCUUUUCGUCGGAUCAUCCAACCAGUUUGCCUGAGCAUGCCAAGCUUGUUUCCUUAGUGAAUGAGUGGUUGUUAGGCCGUAGUGACGAUAGGACAGGUUUUUACUCUGCUCAAGAAGACCUAGAGAAAAACCCCUCGAAGGCACCUCACAGCACUGCAGCUGGAGUUCCAGCAGCCGCCAAGAAGGUGCCACCUCAGAAGAGAGUAUCCAACGCGGCCAUAGCCGAGCAACUCAGCACUUUGGCAGCACAGAUGCAGCUUUUGGUGAAGAGGCAGGAUAUGUUAGAGAAAGCCAGCAGUUCCUCUGCAGAGCCUGUGCCAGGGCGUUUUGUUGGCCCUUCUUCCAAGCUCCCGUCAGUGUCAGCUGCUCUGAACAAUCCAAGUGGAAUCUCGCAGACAGCCUCCGCAAAGGCUUUGAACCUGAUUGGACCUCCCCCGAAAGUGAAGCUUGCAAACCCUUUGGCCGCUGCAGAAGAUGUGGGGCAAGACGAGCCUUACGAUGUGUUACAACCUGGUCAAGACGGACAAGAGGGCAUUACAGCUGCCAUUCAGCAGCAGAGCUCUGCGGUGUUGGCGUUGGUGGCACACCUGACAUCUCAGUCAGGAGAUGUUUUGGGGGACUUUGGAACCACAAGUUCUCAGUCUGGUACCACAAAAGGCGUGCACAGAAGAGAGCGGAUGCAGAACGACUUGGCAGCCGGGUCCAGCACCUAUUUUGCUCAGAUGAUGCAGCAGCUGCACAGGCGAAUGUAUCCUUCAAGACCAAUGCCACAGGAGGAGGCAAACAUGAGCAACCUCUCAAUGUUACAGUACCUGGAAAGACAAGGAGGGUACAGGAACCACCGCGAGCUUGGUUUGGUGGCAUGGGUCUUAUGUCACGCAAUAGAUGCAGCUGCCUCAGGAGACUUCAGGCUUACAAAGGAGGUUCUUGCCCUCUUGAUGGUAGGGGUCGAGCAGGCGGUAAUCGAUCGAGGGGAUUGGUCCCUUGCUUUCCUUCUCACUCUGAUGGAGGAGCCGCCGCUGCAGAUGUUUCAAGAGCGCCAUGCGACCCUUCUCCAUCAUGCUCGGCCUUUUGCGCCAUUGGUACCACCCCAGUGGACUGCCGUUUGCCUGUCGUAUCUAAAGGACCUGGAGGUACUUUCCACAAAGAAAGCAGAGACCUCAAAAAAGACUCCAAAGAAUGCACCCCCUGCCAGUGCCCAACCAGGAGGAGCCGAACCGGAAGGCGAAGCUUCACCCAAGCGCAAGCCACGCUUCCCAAAGAAACCCAAGGCCAAAGCUGCCCCAGAGACAAGAAGCUUGCUGGUGGCCAAGCAUGUGAACAAUGCCGUGCCCGCGCUGCCAACAGUCUACCUCGAAAUCCUGGAGCAGCUUACUCUGCACUUGCCGCGAAGUUUGGAUACUUCGAAAUCGCCAGCUUUCCCUUUGCCAGUGCCCUUUCCGGGCGAGGUGCCAUUUUCACAGGGCCCUACAUGUCAUUGUGAUGGCGCUGAAUUUCUGGUGGUGCGGGAGCAGCUCUUUCUCACUGGAGCUUCUGAGGAGGACGCCCCGUACAAGAGCUUAAAUGCAAGCCGUCUGAAGGUGGUGGGUCGUGGAAAUUUUGAUGCAACGGAGUUCCUCAGUCCGGAAUUGUGCAUGGCAUAUCGUUUUCCAGAUUCCCUCCUUUUAGAUAGACAGCCUGCUGAGUGGGAAUUCUCUCAAAGAAUGGAUUCUGUGCAGGAGACUCUGGCGCUAGCAAAACUGUGGGACGCAAGAGGUUUGCUUCAUAUACAUGACACUGACCUGAUGUCUUUUCGUAGGUUCGAGCUUGUACGCGUUUUCAACUGCUUGAAGAAUGAGGCAGUGGACAGACAAAUUGGGGACCGGAGAGGCAGAAAUGCUGUAGAGGGCCGUGUGACAGGACCCUCAUCAGACUUGCCGACAGGCCCCGACCUUUUGGAUUUGGCUCUGGACCCUCGACAUGAGACCCUUUCAAUCAUCUGUACAGACAGGCGCGACUUCUACCAUCAAUUUAGAACUACAGAGAACCGGACUUUGUCAAAUACAGUUGGUCCCAUGUUGCCGCUUGAUGCCCUAAAGGAUACAGCUGCUUUUGAGGCGUUUGCCCAGACCAAGAAGACCAAGAAACCAUCUCGGCUUUUUGGGGGGGAUAGGCUAGGAGUUUCCGAACGCCAGACCUUGCCGCUAUGCCCCUCAGGAAUGGGAAUGAUAAGCUUCAAAUCAAUCUUUCAGGGCGACCAUGCAGGUGUGGAGAUUGCAACUUCAGCGCAUGAGGGAGUCCUACGUUCUGCAGGUCUUUUGGAUGACACUUCUCGGGUAGUUGCCAGUCGUCCUUUUUUGGGUGACUCCCUGAUGGAAGGUUUGGUGAUCGACGAUUAUUUUGCCAUAGCAAAGGUUCCACGUGGAUUGCUUGUGCCUAGCCCUGCGGAGCAAUGCCUAGCAAAGAGCAAAGACCUCUACUCACGUUUUGAGCUUGUAGGUUCAGAUGAUAAGGAUAUCACUGGUGAGCGGAAAGCCAAAAUCAUUGGAGCCUGUUUAAAUGCAUCCGAGCAGUGCCAAAGCAGAGGGCAUGUACUUGUGUCGUCGCCUGCUGAGAAGCGGUAUGCUUUGUCCUGGUUGUCUCUGCAGGUGGCUCAGUUGUCUCACACUUCGGAUUCACUACAUCUUUGCCUUCUUGGAGGUUGGACGUCCAUUUUGAUGUACAGGAGGCCCCUGAUGUCGGUGCUUCAGCAUGCAUUUCAUUUGAUUGACUUGGAUGUUUUUGUGGAUUCUCAACCCAAGUUGGUUAGAUUGUCGCGGAAGGUAGCAAAUGAGUUGACUCUGUUGGCGGUGUUAGCUCCCUUGGCCGUUUCAGAUAUUGCCUCCGGGUUUGCUAAUGAAAUAUACGCCACCGAUGCCUCUUUGGACAAAGGUGCAAUUGUUAGCAGUCUGCAGGAUAAGACGGUUGUGGAGGUUCUUUGGAAAAGCUGUCGCUCGAAGGGUGGCUACUCCAAAAUGUUAGACCAAACCCAGUCUAUUCUUGCAAGGUCGAUUGACUUCGAAGAGCUGGAGGUACAACGGUCUGAAACGGUUCGUAGGCCCCUUGCUUACCGUUUCGACUUUAUUGAGGUGUUUGCCGGAGCGGCAACAGUGACAGCCAAGAUGUCUGCUCGAGGCUUUUCAGUAGGGUGCCCUAUUGAUAUCUCCUUCGACAAAGAGCUGGAUGCUUCAAAACUAUGGGUGAUCGAAUGGUUGAUUUAUCUCAUUUCGAACAGACUGGUUAAAGCUGUAAUGAUUGAGCCUCCUUGCACGACAUUUAGCAUCAUGAGAAGGCCGGCACUUCGUUCUAGGGCCUGCCCUUUUGGGUUUUCCUUAGACGAUCCGCAGACAAGCAUUGGUACUAAACUAGCAAUGGUGGGUUUCCUUCUGCUUCAUGUCUGCUGGUGGCAUGGGGUUACGGCAGUUUUAGAGAAUCCUUGGACUUCAAAAAUUAAGUUCCUGCCCCCAUGGCAAGCCCUUAAAGACAAAGAGAAUGUGGAAGUUGUCAGGUCUGACUCGUGUGCUUUUGGCUCCAUACAUCUCAAGGCUUUCAUGUUCAUGUGCGUAUGGGCCGACACCAGCCCGAUUUCCCGGAGGUGCAAAGGAGGGCAUACUCAUGUCCAUGUUCAAGGCUCGUACACCAAGGAGUCGGCAACUUAUGUUGACGACCUAGCGGAUGCUUUAGCCCAAGUUAUGGCUCAUGGAAUUCACCGGCUUUUGGACUUUGAAGCCGAGGCCACUUCAGGUAAAUACCAGGGGCUUGAAAGCCAACUUAUUAAUGAGCUCUGCCUGUCCUCAAAAUGGUGCCUGGAUGAUGUCUGGACUUUCCGUGUAUCAGCGCAUAUUAACCUGUUGGAAUUGUCCUCAGUUGUGCGUUUGGUUAGCCGUCUUGUGAGGCAGGGGAAGUCACUCAGAGUUGUCAUCUUGGUCGACUCCAAUGUGAUCAAGUGCGCCUGUGCCAAGGGCCGAUCCUCUUCAAGGGCCCUUUCAAAGUUGCUGGUUCGUCUUGCGGCUUUGUCUGUCGUGGGAGGUUUGUAUCUUGUUUUUGGUUUUGUCCCUACUAGGCACAAUGUUGCAGAUGACCCUACCAGAAAUGUUAGCCUCCGCCCCCCUGUCCCGGGCAUGGACUUGGCCGCUUGGGAUCGGUCUGACCUUUUUAAGUUGGCUGCUCUCCAAAAAUGUCGUAGAUGGGCCUCUAAUUGGAUUAGGUUGACUUUAUCCCUUUUGGGUUCACAGUGUCUGGAUUUCUCCGACCGUGCUCGCUUUAAGUGUCCUCGUUUUCCUUUUGGUCUUUGUGCUCCUUUUAGCUAUUGCAAGCCUGGUGUUUUUGACUGUUUGGACUUUGACUCGACUCUGGGUUUCCCUGGUGAAGGUCCGAGUCGGUUCCUCGCUUGUCAAUGCUUAGCUUUUAGAUGGAUUUUGCUCGUAGUGGUCCUUGACGUAGUUCCUUGCCAUGGCGUUUUAUUUCCUCGGAAUGCUGGUGACAUUCAGAGGAUCUUGCAGCGAAAUGCUCGCCCUCCGCUUCAAGAAGGGAGACCAGUACUCGGAGUUACUAGCAAGCAGAGGUCCUCCUUUUUGGAACAGUUUGGAGACUGGCUAAGAGUGCAAAGUAUUUCUUUCGACGCGUUGAUGGAUAGCUAUCUUACAAGAGUCGAGGAGAUCAACAAGCUCUUGGUUCAGUAUGGUAGAAGCCUAUAUGCUGCAGGAAGGCCUUAUAAUCAUUAUGCUGAAACAAUAAACGCCAUUGCCGCUAAAAAGCCUGCUUUGCGUAGACAACUGCAAGAGGCUUGGAACUUAGCCUUUUCGUGGGUGAGGGAUGAGCCGAGCGCCCAUCACAUUGCCAUGCCGUGGCAGGUGUUGCUGGCUUGCAUAUCGGUUUGCCUUACAUGGGGGUGGCUGGAUGUUGCAGGAAUGUUGGCAUUGUCCUGGGGAGCUCUGUUACGCGUAGGAGAGUUCCUACAAGCUAUGCGGAAGGACCUCUUAUUGCCUUGCGACACAAACUUCACAAACAAUUUUGCGCUUUUGUCGCUGAAGGAACCUAAAACAAGGUUCACGGCCGCAAGGCAUCAAAGCGCUAAGCUGGACAUUCCUGAUCUUCUUCAAGAGGAGCGACCUGGAUACUUCAACAAACAGAAGAUUCAGAAUUUACCCGUCGCCGAGGACGAUGGAUCAAUUUGCGAGUCAUGGAAAUCUAUAUCCAAGAAGUUUCGUCUUUCCAAUACUUAG